AUGUUACCUCGCUCUGAUGAUGUCCGUCAUAUGACGGACGAAAGCUCACCACGUUUUUACCGGAAUCGAAGAGGAUUGCCUCAGAAACAGCGUCAGCAUGUGUCUUCCAGUAAAGCCAAUCGACAGCUGGUCAAGAGGAAUCCGCCGUCGUCUUUUGGUAAAACCGACCUUCGAAUCUCUUCACCCAACACUUCUACUGGAAAUGGAAGUAAGCUCAACAAUAAUCUCCACAUCCAACUAAUCGUUUAG